AUGGGAAUUAAUUGUUCUAACAACUCAAAGAAGUUGAAUUAAGAUAAUAUUAGAGAUCAAAUUAAUUAGUCUAAAACGAUAAAUUAUGAUGUUUACAAUGACAACUAAAUAAAUGAGGGUGCCAUCAAGGCUGUUUUAUCCUAAAAAUAUGGAAAUUCUAAAUAUCAAAUUUAAAUAGAUGACGAACAGAAUAUUAGAUGCAUAUUAGACGGAUAAAUAAUGGAAAUAGAUUAAAUAACUGACCUUUUUUAGAGUCCUGAAAAUUUGGCUAAUUUAGAAUAAGAAGUUGGUGGAUACUACUUAAAUAAGGGGAAGAAGAAUGUAGUCAAGCAUAAAUUUAGGAAAUUGGAGAAUAUCAUAAUGAUAGAGAAGUUGGAACAUGGAAAUGUAUAUAUGAUGGUGGUUGAGUUGCUGGUGGAUAGUAUAAUGAGGAUGGCAAUAAGAAUGGCAUGUGGAUAGAUAUAAGUGAAGGAUUCUAUGAUUUAAAAUAAGUAGUGUAUAGUGGAGAAUAUAAAAAUGGUAAGAAAGUUGGUAUUUGGAAUACUUUAUGGAGAGAGAAAGGGAUUGAAAACUUUUCAAGGAUUGGUGGUGGAGAAUAUGAUGAUAAUGAGGUACAAGAGUCUAUUAAAAUUGGAAUGUGGAAUGAGUUGGAUGAUUAGUUUAAACUGGGUUUCUAAGUGGUUUUUACAGGAGAAUAUUUCAAUGGAUAAAAAGUAGGUAGAUGGGAUAUUUUAUGGAGGGACGAAGGCAGGUAGCCAUUUUAAUAAAUGUAAACUAAAUAUUUAAGAAAAUACAAUUAGUGGGGGUGGUUAAUACAAUUUCAAUGACGAAAAAGGUUUAUAUAAGAUUGGUAGAUGGAUUGAGUUGAGUGAUAUAUUUACAUCGGAUUCUUAAGUCACAUGUAAUGGUCCUUAUAAAAAUGGUUAAAAAUUCGGUAGAUGGGAUAUUUUUUGGAGAGAAGAAACCAGAUCUCCUUUUUAAUUAAUUGGGGGUGGCUAAUAUGAUGAUGACGACGGAAAAGGUUCAAUUAAAAUUGGGAUAUGGAUUGAGUUGAGGGAGAGAUUUAAAUAGGAUUCCUAAGUCACAUACAAGGGUUAAUAUAGAUAUGGUUAAAAGGUAGGUAGAUGGGAUGUAUGUUACAAGGAAUAGAUUUGUGGUGGUGGAGAAUACGAUAUAAAGAAUAACGGAUGCUCAUAUAAGAUUGGAAAUUGGAUUGAAUUGAGUGAUGAAUUUAGAGAGUAUUCGUAAGUCACUUAUUAAGGUAAAUAUAACUACGGUGAAAAAAUUGGUAAAUGGGAUAUUUAUCAUAAGUUUUAUAAUGAUGGAUGGAAAAAUGAAAAAAUUGGUGGUGGAUCAUAUGAAAGUAAUGAGAAUGGCUGCUCUUUAAAGACUGGGAAAUGGGUUGAGUUGAGUGAGGGAUUUAGAAAUUUUUAUUAAAUCACAUAUUAAGGUGAAUAUCAUAAGGGUAAGAAAAUUGGUAUGUGGUUAGAAAAGGACUUAAAGAAGAAGAAUGAAAAUUGA